GAUCUUUUAAUCCGAGUGCUGGUAUCAUUUUCCCAUCAGUGAUAAAUCCUCAGGUUGCCGGACACUUACCGAUCUCUGUCUGGUCACUGUUCUAUACUCUUUUUUUUAUGAUUCGUCUCUUUCCAUCAGGCCAUUAUGUCAGCUGAGAAUGAAGGGCUGACCCAUUGUAAAAUUAUCCUGGUGUUCGCCAUCACUAUGGACCUCAUUGGGAUUACUAUACUCCUGGUGGGAGUCUUUGUCACUCUAGAAAUUAAAGGCCAAGACUUUGGUGAUCUGCUGGUCUACUCGGGCGUGCUGUUGGUCCUGACGUCUAUGAUCGCCUGGGUCAUGUGGUACAGCGGCAACAUUGAAGGCUUGAGCAUAACAAAGGACCUUGGAACUAAACACAGUGCUGUGGAUCGCCUAGCUCACACACUCAGUCUGCGCAUACGAGGGAGCCGUCACGCAAAAUAGGAUGACCUUUCGAGAGCUGAGACUUCCCUUACUGGGGUGUCAGAUUACCUUCAAUGCUCAAAUAUCCAGAAAUAGUAUACUGUAGGUAUAGUGGUGUGGUUUAUUAGUUAUCUUAAAUACAACAGUUUACUGACUACUGGCUGUACUUGUGAAUAUUAUUUAAAUAUUUAGUUGAUAGAAGUAGGAACUAACAACCUGAUAGUUUUGUGUUUAUUUAGAACUCUACACACACUCUAUAAUAUGGAUGUAUAUCGUGUGAAUGUACCAACAGUACAUAUGGGAACAGUUCUGGUUUAAUUCAUUCACUUUGAUAUCCCCUGUUAUAAACAUGUUGUAAAUAGUACAAUUUUACUGGUUUUACUGAGUAAUAACAGUAAAUUAUACCCAUAACAAUUCUGGCAAUUCUAGAUAAAGACUAUUCUAAUGUAAAUGUAGAUUUAAAAAAGGUAUUCGAAUGUAUAUACAGAUGGUGUUUUGUAUUUUUAAUAAAUAUUGUAUUUAAAAAAAGUAAAUUAAACUUUAA